AUGAGCGCCCGGGCCACGCGGCCCCGAAGCCGGCGAGGGAGGCAUGCCCCACCCGUUGAGCUGGACCCUGUGGCUGAGAGCUCAGAGGAGGCCGAGGCAGCCAGCGGAAGCUCUGAGCCAGGCCCCGUGCCAUCCCAGGAGAGCGGCAAGCCUGAGCUGCCGGGCCCUGAGGCCGAGGAGCGUGGGCAAGGCCUGAGGAGCAGAACCGACAAGGAGGCCAAUGUGGACUCUAGCAGGGGGCUGGCCCCGGCCCCCGAUGGGCCCCAGGAGCCUGCAGAAGCAGCCCACUGUGCCCCCGAGGCCGAGGAGACUGUCCCCUCUGGGCCUGGGGCCCCCGACGUGUUCCAGACACUCCAGCACGCUGUGAGCUCGCUGGAGGCUGCCGCCGCCGCCUGGCGCCGCCAGCCCCUGAGCUGUCCCGGGCCGAUGGAGAUGGAGGGCAGAGUCCAGGGGGAACCCAGGCCCUGCCCGGAGCUGGAGGGGGCAGGGGGCUGCCAGCGGGAGGCAGCCCACCUGGCGGAAAGGAACGCCUGGCUGCGUUUGGCCCUGGGCAGCCGGGAGGACGAGCUGAUCCACAUGCAGGCCUCCCUGGAGGCCCUCCAGGGGGAGAAGGAGACGCUGCAGAGGGAGGUCCAGGAGCUGCAGGAUUCCCUGCUGAGGCUGGAGUCCUUGCCACCUCCCUCCCACAGCCAAGUGGGUGGCUUGGGCAGCAGUUCCAGCAGUUCUGGGACCGUCAGGGAAUCCUGGACCACUCAGGAUCCCUUCUCCCUGUCUCACCCCCUGCUCCGGCGCAUCCAGAGUGAUUCCAGUGCCCAGAUCCUCGGGCCUCUCCCCAACCGGCCCCUCACUCCUGAGAUGCACAUUGUGGAAGCUCAGACGGAGCAGCUCCAGGGAAGCAUCGAGAAGCUCAAAUGUUUUAACCGUCUGCUGUCAGCUGUGCUCCAGGGAUACAAGGGCCAGUGUGAGGGCCUCAGCAUGCAGCUAGGCCAGUGGGAGGCUGAGGCCACAGCACUGCGUCUGGCCUUGCAGUACAGUGAGCAUUGUGAGGAAGUGUACGGAGUCCUGCUCACUCUCCGGAAGGCAAGCUCAGGAGCAGAAGUCCCCAGGAGCGAUGUGGAGGCAGCCGAGAAGGAGGCUCAGAGGCUGCUGGCUCAAGAGGAGGCUGUCAUGGAUGGAGAGGCACUGUGGGAUCCCCAGCCAAGCCCCGAGGGCAGCAGUGUGGACAGGCCCACUCUGCAGGAAGUGGCUGUCCAGCUCCGGGGCUAUGUCCAGCGUCUCCGGGAGCGCCGCGCCCUGGUGAAGACUCUCCCUGAGCCUGGCCCCACCUUGGCAGCCAUGCCCACUCUGCCCCACGCAGAAGCCCUGGUGCAAGCCAUUCUGGAGACUCAGCCUGGCCCAGCCUUGCCCCGGCUGGACAAGAGGCAGAUCCAGCAGGACCUGGAGGCCACACGGGAGACGCUGGAGGACCUGGUGCUGAGGCUCCAGCUGGUGCGGCGGGAGAGGCGGGGGCUGGAGCUGCAGGAGGCCGCCCUCCGCGCCCAGGGCCCGGUGCACACGCUCCUGCUGGUGCAGCUGCAGUGGGAGCGGGCGCAGCUUCAGACUCGGGGCGCCAGCAGCAGCGGCGGUGGCAGCAGUGGCGGGAGCAGUGGAGACGAGGAGGCAUGGUCCCAGGGCCCCGCUGUGCCUGGAGGCAGCAGGGGCAGUGACGGAGGCCAGACGGGGAAAGUGCAGGAUCCAGAGGCGCUAGCUCAGGGACUGUCAGCGUCACUCGCCCGCGCCCUGGGCCUGUGGGAGCAGCUGCAGUUUCUCCGGGAGGAGCUGGAACAGGUGGCUAAGAAGGGGCGAGCCAGACGUGCUCAGAGUGCCAAGCUGAACAGCGAUCUGUGUAAGGCGCACAGAGCCCUGGUUCUGGCCUUCCGAGGAGCCCAACGGAAGCAGGAAGAGCAGCGGAGGAAGCUGGAACAGCAGGUGGCACUAAUGGAGGCCAGGCAGGCAGAGGAGCUAGCCGUGCUGGAAGCCACCGCAAGAGUGCUGGGGAGGCCCAGGCCAGCCCGCCCACCCCCUGGGCCAGGGGAGACCUGUCUGUAG